CUUGAACAUAGAAUGGCUACCAGGCACUGAUCUCCUUCCGGUCCUGCUUAAUCUUCGCUUACCGCCUAACUCAUUUGUUGCCCUUUUUUUUUGAGCAUAAAGCCAUGUCUGCAUUGAGGAUUCUCGUCCCCGUCAAGCGGGUGAUUGACUAUGCGGUCAAACCGCGGGUCAACAAAGCUCAGACAGCUGUUGAGACAGCGGGUGUCAAGCACUCGAUGAACCCUUUUGACGAGCUUUCCGUCGAGGAAUCAGUCCGUAUCCGAGAGAAGAAGCGAGCGCCGGGCGGUGUGGAAGACAUUACCGUUAUCUCGGCAGGACCACCUAAAGCGGUUGAUGUGCUACGGACGGCCAUGGCCAUGGGAGCGGACCGUGGUAUACAUGUUGAAGUCAAGGAAGGCGAGGACCUUGAGCCGCUUUCAGUAGCCAAGCUGCUGCGCAAGGCCGUUGAGGAGCACAAGAGCAACCUGGUGAUCCUGGGCAAGCAGAGUAUUGACGCCGACGCUGGUCAGACGGGUCAGAUGCUGGCUGGACUGCUCGGUUGGUCGCAGGCCACACAAGCAAGCAAGGUGGACUUUGGCGAAGGUGACACUGUUAGUGUCACUCGGGAGGUUGACGGUGGUGUGGAGACUCUCCGAGCAAAACUGCCCAUGGUCAUUACGACAGACCUGAGGUUGAACGAGCCUAGAUAUGCGAGCUUGCCGAAUAUCAUGAAAGCAAAGAAGAAGCCGUUGGAGAAGAAAAAGCUUGCGGAUUAUGGUAUCACCAAUGAACAGCGAUUAAAGGUGUUGAAGGUUACGGAGCCGCCAUCAAGACAGGGCGGAGGAAAGGUCGACGACGUUGAUGGGCUGAUCUCAAAACUUAAAGAACUGGGUGCUCUCUAAGGAACAAAUUCCAUGCCUUUUCAGAGCUAGAAAACAGUGAAUGAAUAGAUAUUUUGCUUUUCAGAUCCUGCCAACUUUCAAUUCAAGUGCAAUGGUCCAAUGUGGGCAUCACCGGGUUGUUAGCUUAGAGGCCCGAGUGAGUCGACAGC